AGCUUGAGCUCAAUCCGGCUGCACGACCCGAAAGUCGCGCGUGGCGCGCGAGUUCCAGCGACGCUGAUGCCAUGUGGCCUGGCCGGCGAGGCAUUGCCACCAGCAAGGCUGGCAAGGCGGCGCUGUUUGUGGAUGCCUUCUUGGCAUCUCUGCAGGAGAACCGACAGCAGCAGCGUGAGGGCAGCCAUCUGCUGGGGCCCAACGGUCUGGGCAUUUGGCAGGACCCCUGGGAGGAUACGCCAUCCUUGAAGGAGAAGCUGUCGAAUCUCAAGCAUCAGUUGGGUGAGAUCCGUCCCUACGAUCUGUCGGAGCUGCUGUGUGAGCUGAGCUUGGUGAUCUGGCAGCUCAGAGCCUGGUUCACCAUCAGCUCAGCCGACUUGGUUCUGGAGAUCCUGAAGAAGGUGCACCAGAUGUCCGGGCGCCUACCUGAGACCACCUCGGGGGGAGACCCGGGCCUGGCGGUUCUGCGGCUGCUGGAGGGCUAUAUCUUCUUCUACGCCGCCCGCCAGGAGAAGCUCAAGGAAAAAGUCCAGCAGGUGGUCGCGAAAAUUGUACAUAAGAAGCGGCUGCCUCCUUGUACGCUAGUACGCGUGGAGGCCGCCUUAGUCUGCUUGGGCAUCCUCAAGGAGCCCCCCUGCCCUGGGCUUCAGGAGACGGUGGGCGAUGUCCUUUUGGACUCCUUGGCGUGUUCCUUGGCCCCCGACGCCCACGCCCGGCGGCGGAUGGAGGCCACCAGGCUGCGGCUGGACAAGGCCGUCCGGGAGAUCUUCCCGGAAGCAGAGUACGAGUUCUUCGGUAGCGCUGUGAAUGGCUUUGAGACCAGCACCAGCGACGUGGAUGUGGUGGUGAUGCUGGACCAGGAGAAGCGGAGCAAGUCCAAGCAUAGCGCGCAAGUGGCGGUAGAGAUGAUGGGUCAACGUCUGUUGGAUAUGGAGGAUGAGUGGGGCAUCUACGUGUCCGACCUGGUGGUCAAUGCCCGUGUGCCAGUUCUGAAGUGCAAGAGCUUUGAACUGGUGGACAUCGACAUCACCUUCAACAACUUGUUGCCCUUGUACAACUCCCGCCUUCUGAAGGCCUAUGCCUCCUUCGACGAGCGAGUCCCCAAGCUGGGCCGACUGGUGAAAUUCUGGGCCAAGAGCCGAAAUGUGAACGAAGCAUUGGAGGGGACGCUGUCGUCCUACUCCCACUGCCUGCUUCUGAUCGCCUACCUGCAGAGGGAGCACAUUGUCCCGGUGCUUCAAAGGAACACCGAGGGAAGGGUGGAGAUGUUCGAUGAUAUCCACGACGUCUACUUCCUGGACCCUAGGCGGGACCUGCACGCGGAGAGCCCGCAGUGGAAGGAGUGGAUGGCGAAGCGGCCCGAGGCCACGCUGGCGGGCUUGCUGGUGGGCUUCUUCCGGUUCCUGGCCUACCAGCUGCCGGCGCACUCCCAGGUGGUCUCCGUACGUUUCGAUCCUGACGAAGUUCUGCACAAGGAGGACUACUUCCGGAAGAUGCUACAGCGCAAGAAGUCCUUCGAGCUUUGCACGGAGCUCCCGGGAUUGGACCCGCAGGCGGCGGAGAACGAGGAGAACGAGGAGCUGCCGGAGGAGUUGCCAGAAGAGAUGCCGGAAGAGCUGCCCGAGGAGGAGAAGGAGCCGGAGGAAGACGAAGAGCUCCUGAAGACGGAGUCCCAGCUCUCGGCGCCCUCCGCGGCCUCUCCCAGCCUCGGCCCGGAAGCUUCGCCGACUCCGGCGGAGUUCGAGCCGCCGGCGCAGAAGUACAAGCUGCCGCCGGAGGAGCACGAACUGCAGCAAGCCAUGUCCACCCGGCAGGUGCUGUGCAUCGACGACCCGAUGGAGCUGGGCCGAUCCCUGGGCUGUUCCUUCCAGGGCUUCGAGCGGCUCUGCUUCGAGUGGCGCCGUGCCUUUCAGCUGCUGUCGGUGGUGAGGACGCUGGAGGAGGUGCGCGAGGUCUUUCACGCCUCCUCCCUGGGGUCCAAGGGCAUCUACAACUUGGAGAAGCACAGGAACUUCCCCUCACUGGUGGAUGAGUUCCUUGAGAAGUCGAACAAGAUACCCAGGCAGCUUUGGACUGGGUACUCGACUACCGGCCGUUCUUGGCACAGUGGCUGGAAGAAUGACCGUGAAGAGGCCAACGGCGAGCGUAGAGACCCAGCGCGAAGCCCUCGGCGUCUCAAAGCUCGUCAAGGGACUGGGAUGGCGGCGGAAGGCGGUGGGGCCAUGACCGGGACUAUGACACUGGACCCUCAGGCCGGACGUCCGACUCUGGAAGGGCGGGCCGAAGGCCGACGGCAAGGGGCACGAGCGAUAUGUGGAGGGCAAAGGGCACGAGGCUCGCGAUGAGCCUCGAAGACAUGAGAAAGGCCUAGGGCGGGCUGCGGAAGGCAAGGGUUUGUGGCAAUGAUC